GCAUGAAAGUGUUACUGUGAGACUUGGUGGUGGUAAGGUGAGAGUUUGGAAACCAGACACCAUCAUCGACGAUCAAACGUUGGAGUCCUUGGAUACCAAUUUGGGUUUUGAAGGCAUGCAGGAAGAAGUGAACAACUUGGAAGCCUGUCAGACUGGAGAUCUGCUGAGUGAAGCAGAAGCUAAGGCGGUUCAGAAGGUCAACAAGUCGGCCAGAGUCAUUGGAGCUCGUUGGGUUUGUGCGUUUAAAUCAGCAAUCAGAGUCAGAUGUCGCAUUGUCGCCAAAGACCUAGCUCGUGGAACCAGUGCUAGAAAGAUGGGGUAUUCAAGCCCUACACCAUCUUGUGAGUCUUUGCACCUGAUGUUGAUUCUAUGUGCCACGCUGAAUCUUUUCUUGAGAUCGUUGGACAUCUCUCAUGCCUUUAUGCACAGUCCUCUCGAGGAUCAGAUCGUUCUGCUACGAUUGCCGCUUUCAGUGAGUCUGUGUGACGGCUCAGUUGCCUUUUUGAAGUUGAAGAGAGCCCUGAAUGGGCUGAGAGACGCCUCCUUAGCUUGGCUUCGCCUUCUUGCAGGAACAAUUCAAGGACAAGGGUUAUGGAGUGACACUUUGGAGCCAUGUUUUUACCAAGGAAAAGUUUUGGACUCAAAGGCGAAUGAACUGGGAAUUGCCAUGUUGUUAGUGUACGUAGAUGACAUUCUGUUGGCAACACUCAUUCAAAGGGUUGUAUCUGGUUUGGGAUGGCAACACGAAGGUGAGAUUGUUCCAAUUGUCAUGGAAAGCGACAGCAGCUCAGCAAUCCAGUUGGUUCAGGGAAUAGAUUUACCAAAACGGUCCAGACACAUAGAAAUUCGGUUGGAAUGGUUGAGAGACAAACUGAAGAGUGAAGAAAUUACUCUGAUUCAUAAACAAGGGGUUGAGAAUGUUGCAGACCUUUUCACAAAAUGUUUGCCUUCAAAGGACUUUUAUCGACACCGCAGUACCCUUGGAAUUGACAGAGUUGGUUUUCCUGUGCAAGAUUUGGCAGAGUUGUUUGUUGAGGCCAUGCCCAAAAGAACUGCAUACUAUGCAUUCCUUGAAGUCUGUUGCGACAAGGAUUCAGCUUUGAAAAGGGCAUGUUCCACCUCGGGUUUUAGGUAUUUGGGAGUUUCAUCAAACAUGGAGAUGCUUGGGGUUCAACGAAGAGUUCGGGAUUUUGUAGAACAACAGAAAACGGAAGGUUUGUUGGUUCAUGUACAUGUUUCCACACCAUGUGCAACUGGGUCCCCUCUUCGGAAUUUCCAUGCAGGAGUUGGUGAGACUGAGACAUGGAAGAUAGUCAUGUCGUCCGCUUCGUUUUACCUUAGCCUGGGUGACCAAGCGUCAUUCGAACUGCCGAAGCACAACCAGAUUUGGGACCGUGAACUUACUCACAAGACUCUUGAAAGGAGUGGUUUGAUUUUCUCAGGAACAGUACGACUGUGCAAAACUGGUUUGAUCGGAAAGAGCUGUCUACCAAUUGGCAAGCAGCUACGUUUCGUUUCAACGUCCGGAGCUUUUGUGACGAGCUUAGAAAGGAGAUUUGGUCAGUGCGACUGUCCGGAACAUGCAGCGUUGAACGAAGUCCAUUUUGGGAAAACAGCUUUAUACAGUCCAGUUUUAGCCAGGGGAAUUUUGAAUGCCAUGAAAGAAGGGUUCAAAGAAUCGGGGAAAAUCAAACGAUAA